CGCGCCCGGCCCACAGAGGUCAUUUCUUGAUAAGACAAAAGGCGCUGAUGAGGGGCACAAGAGACCCUGCCAAGCUUAGUGCCUGAGUUCCAGGUUCCUUCUCAGGUUUCUUUGUUAAGAACUAUAAAGGAUCUGAUAUUUUACCUUACUUGCAAACUAACACAUUAUUAGCCUGCCACAGGGCACUCUUGGGUCAGAGACAAAGGCCUUUAUUACUCAGAAUACAGCAAGCAGCUUGAGCUUCAUGUUCCUGUCAUUCCCCCCACCCUCUGGGUCCCGUGAGGGCUGGGACUGCAGAGCCACUGACUGGAUGGAUGCCGUGAGGCAGCGAGCUUUCCAUACAGGCAAUGGGGUUAUAGUACAACUGAGGAACAUGAGUCCCUUAUCAGGGGCUGCAGAUAAACCCAUGCAGCCUUUGCCUUGGAGGAGACAUUUAUUUUAUUAUCCUGGACAGCAAACACAUCAGCCCUUUUCCCUGAGUGAGACCCUAUCUCUAUCUUGCAACACUGCCUUAGAACAAAGGUUGUCAGUGCCUCUGCUCACAGGGCACUCGCAAGCCGUGCAGAACUCAAGAGACUGUGGAGAAUUAUCUCCCAACAGACUCCUUGAGUCUUUUUUGUUCCUUUAGGAAAACCAAAAACAAUAGCAACUGUUCCAGCAAACUUCUUCGGAAGAAAGGGACACUGUGCUAUGAAACAUAUAAAAUAGCAUAUCAAACCGAUAUUGAAUGUGAAGUAAGGAUUAAAAGUAAGUUAUUGGGAAUUCCAUCCAGACUGCAAGACCUUUGACUCUGGCUGCCAGCUUUUCUCCUUGGCUGUGAAAGAGAUGAAAUCUUCCAGGAAGUCCUCAGAGGCUCCACUUGCUUCCUCCUGUGAUGAGGUAUAGCCAGCUGGAUGGCAGAGUUUCUGCUUUAGCUAAAUAACACUUGCCAGUAUGUCUAGCUUGGUGACUCCAGAGGGCAAUAUUGCCAAGUUCAGUAUAUAACUCCUAGUAGGUACAUGAGGAAGGUAGAUCUGCCUCCUUUCUUGUAGGGAGGGCACAGACUUAUCAUCGAAAGGAAAGGGUUUCACUCAUGGUUGCGCCAACUCCAUGGCAGCUUCUAAGAGAGAGCCAUAACAGAAGCUGCAAGGAUCGCUUCCUCAUUGAUUAGAAGACAUUAAACCCUCAGGGAGGAGAUGGAGAAAUUGGGCAGCUCAGAUAGGGGAAAGGUCCCCAGGUGCAAAAUGGAACUUUAUUGUGUCCCAGAUAGUGGCACCCCUCUCUUUACAUCUAGGCAACCCAGACUGGUUUCCCUGGAUACAGAAGCCUUCCGCCUUAGUGGAAACACAAGCCUCAAUGUUGGCAAUGCUGAGGUCUUUAUCACCAGUACCUAGAAAUGCUGAACACUACAAGCAAAGACAUUCACACGGGCAUUAUGGCUGUGAAUAUAGGAAGGAUCCAAAAAGACCCGUCGCUUGGAGAAUGGACAGUGAGAAACAUGGACAGAGUAAACCAAGGAUUCCCUCUCGUGGAAAUAUAUAUUACCAGUCUUAUGAACAUAGAUCACCUUCCCCUAACAUAAGAAACUCUUUAGAAAAUGUUUAUAUGUAUAAGCCUCACCGAGGAUAUUCGCCUGGAAGAGGGGACAGUAACAGGAGAGCUCAGUAUAUGCCCAAAUACUCAGAGGGUAUACCCUACAAAGAGCAUGAAAGGAAUUCUUAUCCCCAGAAAGUGCAAGGAGGGCAUAGUCCUGAUGACCACAGAGUUAGAGGAAGUGGAAAAGGAGGGAAACCACCUCAGAGGUCAAUAGCAGAUUCUUUUAGAUUUGAAGGAAAGUGGCAUGAAGAUGAGUUGAGGCACCAGAGGAUACAAGAAGAAAAAUACUCCCAGUCAACUAGAAGAGGCUCUGAAGACUUUGAGACAAGGAGCUCAUUUCAGAAGAGGUAUCCUGAGGAUCGUGAUUUCAGAAAAUAUGGACACACAUCAAAAAGACCUAAAGACGUGGAGAGGUAUGAAAGCAGAGAGCCUGCCAGGAACCCAAAGUGGAAGCCUGAGCAUUCCCUCCCACCUUACCAAGAGGACACAGACCAGUGGAACCUUGGGCCCCAAACUUAUCGACAUGCUGAGAGGGAACACCCAGAGACCAGUUCAGCAACCAAAGUAUCCUAUGACUAUCGUCACAAACGUCCUAAGCUCUUGGAUGGGGACCAGGACUUUUCUGAUGGGAGAACUCAGAAGUACUGUAAGGAAGAAGAUAGAAAAUAUAGUUUUCAAAAAGGCCCUCUAAAUAGAGAGUUAGAUUGUUUUAAUACUGGAAGAGGGAGAGAGACUCAAGAUGGACAAGUCAAAGAACCUUUUAAACCGUCUAAGAAAGACAGCAUUGCCUGUACUUAUUCAAAUAAAAAUGAUGUUGAUUUGCGAUCUAGUAAUGACAAAUGGAAGGAAAAAAUAAAGAAAGAAGGGGAUUGUAGAAAAGAGAGCAAUUCUUCCAGUAACCAACUUGAUAAAAGUCAAAAACUUCCUGAUGUGAAACCCUCGCCUAUCAAUCUUAGGAAGAAAUCACUUACAGUUAAAGUAGAUGUGAAGAAAACAGUAGAUACAUUCAGGGUUGCUUCUAGCUAUUCCACAGAGAGACAGAUGUCACAUGAUUUGGUUGCUGUUGGCAGGAAAAGUGAGAACUUUCAUCCAGUGUUUGAACAUCUUGACUCAACUCAGAAUACUGAAAACAAACCUACAGGAGAAUUUGCUCAGGAAAUCAUAACAAUAAUCCAUCAAGUUAAAGCAAAUUAUUUUCCAUCACCUGGCAUUACUUUACAUGAGCGUUUCUCAACAAUGCAAGAUAUACACAAGGCAGAUGUAAAUGAAAUUCCAUUGAAUUCAGAUCCAGAAAUACACAGGAGAAUAGAUAUGUCUUUGGCCGAGCUUCAGAGUAAACAAGCUGUGAUCUAUGAAUCGGAACAGACUCUGAUCAAAAUAAUAGAUCCAAAUGACCUACGACAUGACAUUGAAAGAAGGCGAAAAGAACGGUUACAGAAUGAAGAUGAGCACAUUUUUCACAUAGCUAGUGCUGCAGAGAGGGAUGAUCAGAAUUCCAGUUUUUCAAAGGUAAAGAAUGUUCAUACUGAUGGAUUCCAAAAACCCACACAUUUUAUAAAAUCAAAUUUUAGAAAAUGUAUUGAAAAACCUUACGUGAAUUAUACUACGCAGAGAAAAGACAUAAUUACUCACAAACCAUUUGAGGUUGAGGGAAACCACCGAAACACAAGAGUAAGACCUUUUAAGAGCAACUUUAGAGGUGGCAGAUGCCAGCCCACUUAUAAAUCAGGCCUGGUACAGAAGAGCUUGUACAUUCAGGCUAAGUAUCAGCGUUUACGGUUCACUGGCCCAAGGGGAUUUAUCACUCAUAAGUUCAGAGAAAGAUUAAUGAGAAAAAAGAAGGAAUAUACAGAUGUUGCCACAGGAAUCUAAUCUGAAAUCGUACAAAUGGAAAUGACGCUACAGGAGGAUGUUUGGGAGCAUCUCUCUCUUUUUGUCAGGAGUUAGAAGUGACACUAAGGCACUAAUACUGUAACUUCUUGAUAAAAUAACUUUAUUUUUUAGUAGUGGAAUGCUGCAACUUUUUUACACCUAACAAUUGCUUUUAAAUUACAGUAUUCAAUUUAAAAGUUGUAUUAACUACAGUUUCCUUUGCAAAAAGUCUCAAAAGAAUCACUUGAAGGGCAUUAUUUGUUGAUGCAUUUUUCUCUGAGCAUGGUUUCAUAGAGAGAACUUCACCAAGUAAUAUUCAGACGUUUAUAUGUUGAAAGUUUUGCUUACAUAAUAAAAACAAAAACAAGUGUCUGAAUUGUAUAGUGUCUUUACAUGAAAGAACUUUAAACAGUGGCCUUAUGGUAGAAAAUUUUAUACCAGAUUUUUCUUUUUCUGAUGACAUUUUGGCUUAUAACUCGAAGUUUUCUUAAGUUUCUGAAGAUCAAGGCCUAUAUAAUUCAUACAUUUCAUAUUAUAAGAAGGCAAGAGACAAGGUGCUUCAAAUAUUCCAUCAGGUAGUUGUGAGUGCACUGAAUUUUUAGUAAUAUGUUCAUUCAGUUUUUUUCCACAACUAUUUGCUCUUUUCCAAUUUCAAAAUGCUAUUGUGGAAAAUAUGUAAAGAUUUUGUAAUCUAUAGUCCAUCUUAUUUUUCCCUCAGGGCAAGCUUGUGCAUAUCAUAUUUUUAAAGGCUUUUUAAAAAUCUGACAGACAAAAUCUCAUAUUUGAAAAUUGUACUUUACUACUACAGCAUUACACAUUUUGCAAGCACAUCUUAUAGAGUGUUUACUUUUAGUUCAGUUGAUAUGUAUUGCAUACCUACUAUGUGUAAGAGCAAAUGGAUGGGAUUUUAAAUGAAAUUUUUAGGCCCCAGUACCUUAUUUCUUUAUGUUUUCUGUGUUCUGCUUAACAGUACAUAUACAUUCCCAAUUACAUUGUAAUAAAAUAAAAUGUUGUUGCUCUUUCUGCUUAAAUAAGUUACUUGCCAGUUUGUGAGAGCAUUAUUUUAAUUUUGUUUGAGACUUAUAGCCUUGGAUAGCACCUCUGUUUAAACAGUGUUUAAAGCACUGUUCUGUGCUUACAAAGGCAGAGCUUUCAAAAUUAAAAUGUGAAGGUUGAUAAGAACUUGGUUUUUCAUGACUGGAUGUGAAAAAUCUUAGUACAUUCAGUUUUCUUUUCCAUAUCUUUAAAAGAGAGGGCAGCCUUUUCCUUAAGUGAGUUCAUGAUAAGGGGGGCAAGUGCACUUGAUUCAUUGCUAAGCAGGUAAUAAAUUUGGGUAGAUGGCCUGUCUUGUACUGUGUACAAUCUCUAUAGGUCAGGUUUUCCAAACAUAUUUAGCAUUCCACUUAUGGUAAGAAAGAAAUGCAUGCACACAGGUAGUAUGGCAACUUUAUAUUGUGUUAGGUACUUAUAAAAUCUGUCUUAAAUUUUAAAAUAAUUGAUUUCAUUUACUCCCAUACUCUAGGGGACAGUAAUGAGCUUUGAAUAUUUAAUCAUUUGAUUGACAACUAUGUAUUGCACAGAUACUGUACUAAAAUUACAGCAAUGAACAAGAAGACAAGACACAUGGACCCUGCCUUUAUGGUACGAAGAGUCUAAUAGGAAAAAUGGACAUUAAACAGAAAUAUAACUUGGUAAAUGGCCUUUAUAGCUCGCUUUUUAUUUAUUGUAACACAUAAAGGUAAGAUGGCUGAUUUACUAUUAUUCAUUCCACAACUGAUUCCCUAUUUGGAUAUUCUUUUGGCACUGUCUCAAUAUGCAAAGCGUGUUAUCUGCAAAAUACCUAUGCAGAAAACAUUGUGUGUAUAAGAUCUAAAGCCUAAAAGGAAAAACCAACUUUAUAAUUUAGAGUAUAAAAUAAGGACAGGGACCGUGUCUGUCUUGUCCACCAUAGUAUCCCCAGCACCCAGCUUCCUAUUUGACAUGUGGUAAGAGUUCAUUAAAUAUUAGUUGAAUAAUGAAUGAAUAAAUAGGGAAUAAUAGAAUAUGUUUAUUAGGAACUACAUGUGUAAUUUUCAUAUGGAGAUUGAACAAAAGGUUAUCCAUAGCAUUUUUUAUUGACUGGAAAGAAUUUGACUUCUUGAAUGCAUAAGACUUGAGAAGAGAAGUUCUUUUUUUUUUUUCUUUUUUUUGAUAAGUCCCCUACCAUUGCCUCCUCACCUUCCUCCACUACGUGCUAGGCCCUUCGCUGGUACUGGGAAGACAAAGAUAAUAAGACACAGUCCCUGCUGUGAGGAAGCUCAUGCACUACUGAAGAAGAGAUUCACAAAAACAAAGAAUCACAAUGUAGAGUAAGUACUUUAGUGGACAUAUAUACAAAAGGUUGAGAGGAAAGUUGACAUUUCUGAUUCAGCAUCCCCUCGUCAUGUUUCUUUCCUAUUGGUUUCACCAACCUCAGAAGGCACUAUUCUGUUGGUGGUUUUACUGGUUUUAAAAAUUGAUGCAUUGGGGGAAACUGGGUAAAUUGUACGCGGGAUCUCUCUGUAUUAUUUCUUUUAUAGCUGCAUGUGAAUCUAGAGUUACUUCAACAUAAAUUUCAAUUUGAAGAAUUGCCCAUAGUCUUAUCACAGAGAACACUAUUAUAAAUAUUUUAGAUGAUACAUUUUCAUUUUUUUCUAUUGGAAAAAAACUCGCUACAUUUAUGUGUAACAAUUUAUGUAGAUGUAUACUAUGUAUCACAUUUUACCUAAUAAAUCCUACAUUUUUGAAUAGUUUUUUUUUUAAAAAAAAAGAUGGGGAUACUUCCAGGCAGAAGCAAGAAAAGUAAAGCUGGAUGAGAAACUCUUAUUGUCUUUAUUACCCAGCAAAUUCAGUAACCACCAGGCACAAAUUCACCAGGAACAACCAAGCAAGGAAGGAAGGAGAAGAAGCUGAUGCAACAAGGUGUAGUAUGACUUCAUCCCUCGCCCAUCCCCAGAAGUAGCACUGAGUAAAACAAUGGAGAUGACAAAAAUAUUGGUAACAGUGGGCCCCAGUAUGGACAAAGGCACUGACGAGGUGACCAGGCCACGUGGAGGAGAGUCAAGGAAAACUCUUGGGACAACGAAGUCUUUGCUUCCAUCUCAGGACCUCAGCAGAAGGGGUAAGAUUCACCAGGACUAGGCAUUUCCCAGGUCUCAGAGCAGCCUGGGAAAGCCAAAUCCUGCAGAAGUCAGAGACACCUUUGACUGUGUCUAGUGAGUUCUGGUUCUGGACAUUUAAUGGGAACCUAGAAGAGAGGGGAUACCAGGUUCCCCAACAAAGUUCCGUCAAAUAGGAUGAUUAUGAGCUCUGAGUCCAUUAAAAUACAGAAUGAACAUUUAAGAACUGAGGAAUCAUAGAUGUAGAAUAGUAUGUAAAUGUUAUAAAUCUUGACAAAGAAAAAUUAAUGUACAUUGACAAAUUCAGACAUGGAGGAGGUAAAGUGGGAUAAAGACUAAGAACUAACCGUCUCAUCAUUCAUGGCCAGGUGUCAUGUCACGUCAUGUCUUAAAAUUAUAAUUUGGGGAAAAACUCUAGUGACCAACCUUAAGUUUUUCCACAAUCUUUUUUUUUUCUUGACCUUAAUACAGUGGUUCUCAAAGUGUGGUCCCAGACCAGCAACAUCAGCAUCACCUGAGAACUUGUUAAAAAUGCAGAUUCUUGGCCCCACCCCAGACCUCCUGAAUCAGAAACCCUGGGGGUGGGGCCGAGCAAUCUGUGAUUUAACAAGUCCUCCAGGGGAUUUUGGCACAUACUUGAGUUUGAGAAUAACUGGCUUAUUUAUCCCUUUUAGGAACCAGUGAAGAAACAUUUAUCUGAAGUUCAGCAGCCCCUUCAAUUUAAUGCCUAAUUUUUUUUCUAUUGCAUUCAAAUAAAGUUAAAUCUAAAACUUGUUUGCUGGCCGGGCACAGUGACUCACGCCUGUAAUCCCAGCACUUUGGGAGGCCGAGGCGAGUGGAUCACUUGAGGUCAGGAGUUUGAGACCAGCCUGGCCAAUAUGGUGAAACCCCAUCUCUAAUAAAAAUACAUAAAUUAGCCGGGCGCAGUAGCAUGCACCUGUAAUCCCAGCUACCUGGGAGGCUGAGGCAGGAGAAUUGCUUAAACCCGGGAGGCGAAGGUUGCAGUGAGCCGAGGCCACGCCAUUGCACUCCAGCCUGGGCGACAGAGCGAGACUCCAUGUCAAAAAAGAAAAUAAAUAAAUAAAACUUGUUAGAAUAAAAAGUUUAGGGAUUCCCCUCGUCAAUCCUGUCUGUACAUAUGAGUGAAUUGAGAGGUCUGGAAACAUACCCACCCACUGUUAACACUGUUGAUUUUUUUAAAUGGUGGGAUUAUGAGUGACUGUACUCUUCUGUAUCUAUCAAAUAUAAUGAAUGUUGUAUCAUUUUUAUAAAAUAAAGUCUUUCUUUUUUAAAACAGUGGUAAGAACAUUUCAUCCUAUCCAUUAUAUAUCUGCUACCAAAAUCCAGGUAAACAAGCUUUUACGUUAUAGGCUGGCUACUUCACUAUAGUCCAUUGGGGUUUUAUUCCCGACCAUUCCUCCCACAUCAUAAAAAGUAGGUAGGCUUAUUUUAAGUAUGUAUUGUGUUGAGUCUUAAGUACAAAUUAUUGAUUUGUAAUAUUUAACAAUAAUAUAUAAAAAAUUAAAUUUGGCCAGGCACAGUGUAAUGCCAACACUUAAGGAGGCUGAGGUGGGUAGAUUGUUUGAGCUCAGGAGUUUGAGACCAGCCUGGGCAACAUGGUGAAACUCCAUCUCUACAAAAAAUACAAAUAUUAGCUGGGUGUAGGGGCGUGCACCUGUAGUCCCACCUAUUUGGGAGGCUGAGGUGGGAGGAUCUCUUGAGCCUGGGAGAUCAAGGCUGCAGUGAGCUGUGACAGCCUGGGUGACAGAGUGAGACCCUAUCUCAAAAAAAAAAAAAAAUUCAUCUUACUGCUUUUCUUUUUAAAAAGAAAAACAACUUUUUUUCCUGAUCAAAAGUUGUUAAAAGACAACAGGCCCAAAAUGGUGUCACUCAUGCUAAGGUUCCAUAUCACCAAACAGAAACCUAAGUUGUUUAUUUGGAAGAUGUGACCUUCCAACAAAUCAGAAGAGACAGUAGCCAAAUUCCAUUAAGCCAGCAAGAUUUCACUUAUAUCCCUGUGAGGAAAGUAACCUUGAAAUGGCCACUUCUCUAUUUGUUCCUUGUUCCUGCUUUCCUCCACUUUUUUCUGCCUAUAAAACUCACCCACUUUGUUUAGCUCAUUGGAGCUCCUUUCUAAUUUGUAGAUUGGAUGCUGCCUGGUUCAUGAAUCACUAAUAAAAGCCAAUCAGAUCUUUGAAACUCAGUUUGUUGAAUUUUUGUCCUUGACAAAGUAGAUAGAAUAGUAUGUAAAAGGGAGAAAAAUUUGUCUAUAAUCCCACUGCUCAUAAAUAUUUAGUGCAGACUAACAUUUUGGUAUUUUCUCAUUAGUCUUUUUUCUGGGCUUUAUUGUUUUGGUAGUUGAGAUUAUACUUUAUUACAUUUUUAAGGCCACCUUGUCCGGCCUUAAAAAUGUUUUAUGAAAUCCUGAAUUAUAUUAAAAUUUAGGGGGUUUGGCUGGGCACAGUGGCUCAUGCCUAUAAUCCCAGCACUUUGGGAGGCAGAGGUGGGCGGAUCACCUGAGGUCAGGAGUUUGAGACCAGGCUGGCCAACAUGGUGAAACCCCGUCUCUACUAAAAAUACAAAAAUUAGCUGGGUGUGGUGGUGCGUGCCUGUAAUCCCAGCCACUCAGGAGGCUGAGGCAGGAGAAUUGCUUCAACCAGGGAGGUGGAGGUUGCAGUGAGCCCAGAUCGCACCACUGCACUCCAGCCUAGACAACAGAGUGAGACUCUGUCUCAAAUAAAUAAAUAAAAUUUAAGGGUUUUGUUUGUUUUGAUGUACACAUCAUUUAAGAUGUUAAAAAGUAGAUAGAACUUUACAAAUAAUUUUCUAAUGUAAAUUCUCAUCCCAAAUUCUAAUCCCUUCUAAUGAUACUCAUUAUAAUAUUUAGUAAAGAAGAAAUAGACUUUAAUGUUGAGUUCUCCCUGAUGACAGUUUCUGCAAGUGAUUGCAGGGAACACAAUGCCACUAACUUAAUAGUCUCUUAACAACUAUGGUGAAAAAAAGUUCCCAAAAUAAUGUUCAAAAAGCUAAACAUAGGAUUACCAUGUGGCCCAGCGAUUCCUCUCGUGGGUGUGUUCCCCCAAAGAAUCGAAAACAGGGACUCAGACACUUGUAUGGCAACUUUAAUUGCAGCAUUAUUCACAAUAGCCAAAAGGUGUCAACAACUCAGGUGACCAUCUGGAUAAACAAGACUCAGAUUGGUGGCCUUCCCAACCUAGCCUCGCUGAGUUAGCUGCCCCUCCUCUGGGUUCCCAGAAUACCCAAACACACCCCUGCUUAAGAUUAAGCAUGUCAAAUAAGGACCUGUCUAUCUCUCCCCCUCUAUCUAGAUCAGUGCCUGACUCAGAACUAAGAAAGAAAGAUACUUGCUGAAUGGCUAAAGGGCCAGCUUCUUUUUUUUUUUUUUUUUUUUUUUUUUUUGGUCAACGUUGACCAGGUUGGCCUCGAAUGUGUAGCCUCACCUCCGUGUGCGCCAAGACAACCGGCCUGAGCCACUGUGGCUACCAAAAGCCACCUUCUUAAGCAAAAUCUUAUAGUGGCUUCCUGGUACCUACAGAAAAAAAAAAAAAAAGUUCAAAUUCUAGCACCUGGCUUAUGAACUGCUUGAAGAGAAAGGUGGGGAGGUGGGCUGCCCUUCAGGUUUUCUACUACCCAACCUUGUCUCCCAGCAGCUCUCCCAGGAGACCUUUGUUUCAUGGUUUCCUGAAGAUGCAGGGAUGAACCAUCAGGCUCUGUGCAUCUGCUCUGGGCCAGGUGCUAUGUGAGAAGACGUGUCAUUGGCCACCCUUGGUGGGUUUCCUUCUGACCCCAAGCCUUGGCGUAUUCAUUCACCUCCCCAGCCUCUUCCCUCCCUGCCAUUGAUCCACAUUCUACCUAUUUUUCCGUAUGGGCAUUUCUACCAAUACUUUAGUUCACCUUUUUCCACUUCAAAUUCUUAACAUUUCGAGAACAGAGGUCUUGUAAUUUUCCUUUUCACUAAGAGGCUUGGAGGUGAAUUAUAGUCACCCUAUUAUGCUGUGGAACACUAGGUCUUACUCCAUGUAUCAACCUAUUUUUGUACCCAUUAAUCAUCUCCUCCUUACCCGCGCCUCCCCACCACCCUUCCCAGCCUUGUAACCAUGCUACUCUAGCUCCAUGAAUUCAGGUUUUGUGUGUGUGUUUUUUUUUUUAGCUCUCACAUAUGAGUGAGACCAUGUGAUAUUUGUCUUUCUGUGCCUGGCUUAUUUGACUUCACAUAAGUCCUCCAGUUUCUAUCCAUGUUGUUGCAAAUGACAGGAUUUCAUUAUUUUUAUGGCUGAAUAAUAGUCCAUUGUGUAUAUGCACCAUGUUUCCUUUAUCCAUUCAAAAGGAAAGAGUGGAACUGGAAUGUUUCUUUUUUUUUCUUUUCUUUUCUUUUUUGAGACGGAGUCUCCCCUUGUCGCCCAGGCUGGAGUGCAGUGGCAAUCUUGGCUCACUGCAACCUCCGCCUUCCAGGUUCCAGUGAUUCUCCUGCCUCAGCUGUUCGAGUAGCUGGGAUUACAGGCAUGCACCACCAUGCCCAGCUAAUUUUUGUAUUUUUAGUAGAGAUGGAGUUUCACCAUAUUAGCCAGGCUGGUCUCAAACUCCUGACCUCAAGUGAUCCACCCGCCUUGGCCUCCCAAAGUGCUGGGAUUACAGGCGUGAGCCACCGCACCCAGCUGGAACUGGAAUGUUUCUAACACAAAUAAUAAAUGCUUAAGGUGAUGCAUAUCCCAAUUACCCUGAUGUGAUCAUUACACAUUGUAUGCUUAUAUCAAAAUAUCACAUGUUGCCUACAAAUAUAUACAACUAUUAUUUAUCCAUGAUAAUUAAAUAUAUAUAUAUUUUGGCCAGGCAUGGUGGCUCAUGCCUGUAAUCCCAGCACUUAGGAAAGCUGAGGCAGGAAGAUCACUUAAGGCAAAAAAAAAAAAAAAAAAUAGAG